GGGUUCGAAUCCAAGAUGGCGGCCUCGGCACUCGGCGAUUGAAGCGAGGCACAUUUUCGGCCGUCAUUUCGCACAGGUCCCUGUUUCCUUUGCUUGCUUAAGCAUGGAUAAGGGCCAGGAAAAGUGCACCAUUUGUGGCAGGAGUUUCUCUUACAAGUCGAACUUGACACGUCACAUGAAGACCCAUUUCACGAAGGAAAACAAGUGUGAUGUUUGCGGGAGAACCUUCACCCAGCAGUACCAGUUGAAGGCCCACCUCAAACAACACCAGUACCCAAAGAUCCCGCAGUACAGACCUGGACAGGCAAGGUUGUCAUAUUCAGAUGAAGCUAAGAAAGUCGCAGAGCAAGUGGCCAGUUCAGCCGGUGUAUCGAUUGACCCCACAUGGCUGAAUCCUGAAAAGGCAGAGGCAGAGGCAAGGAAGUCUGGAGGGGAGGUUUGGAGAGCACAGAUAGUCUGCACAUUCGGAAUGUAUGCCGGGCAGUCCUUCAAGUGGUUACUCGAAAACGAUGUAGGAUGGGUGGUGUGGUUGCUCAGCCAGUACAUCUUGAAGGGGGAGCAGAACGACUUGCUGAAGUGGCAAAAGACACAACUGCUGGAAUUCGUGAAGGAGUUCCCAUCGGUGACAUAUGAACUUGACAAGAAGUUGGAGAAGGAGAAACAAAAGGAAGAAAGAAAGACGCUGAUGGCUGCGCCGGAGCAGGAUUCUAACUACGCCACUGAUGCUGAACUGUUGGCUUGUGCAGAAAAUGUCCUUGAUGAGUCGGUGGUGGCAGUCUCCACCCAGCUUACCACCUGGGGAGAGCUCAAACCAGGGGAAGAUGGACCUAGCACAUCUCAAGCAAGACCCUCAUCUCCAACAGAGGCCAUUGACUCCAGGGGUGUAGUGCUGGAGGGAUGGCAGACAUACUGGGACGAAGCACCUGCAUCUGCUCAAGCCCUUGGUAUGGCGGCACCGAACAUCAAGUGGCUUAAACAUGACGAGACUUACGGUCUCUUUGAACCCUCAUCCACGUACACGAAUACCAAAGGAGAGACGGUGGAGAGAAAGCUGUUAAAGAAGAAGAUGGAGUUCCACCCACCUCCUCUACCUACAUCUAUGAAGGGAGCAGUGCCCAACAUGCUGUCCUUUUUCGCUACUCGUGCCUUCUUCUGGAGACCGGUCGGUGUUAUGAAAGCCAAGAUCCGCUGCCCCAACUCCAACUGCCAAGCACCACCUGGGGACAUCACUAUCACCAUCAAGCAGAACUCCAGUUAG